GGCCAGACUGCCAGUUGAUCCGCGGCAUUCGCUACGGUUGGUCGCGCGUCACGCUUUACGCUUUCCUCUCUCAGAACAAAGUGUUCUUUUCUAGAAAUUUAUUGAGAAAAAAAACACACGAAAUCAGUCGGAAAACAUCAAUCGGAAAACUGAUGAGUCUCGUGGAAUACAUCGUUCGAAUGAAAAGACAGAUGAAUGGGAACGCGUUCCAAUAUAGGAAUGUAGCGAGUGUAUGUGUGUAAAGUGUUGUUUGCGCGCGGGCGUACUUUUCAGACGAGUUCCUCCGUCCUUUCAUCAUUUUCUUAGAAGCGCAAGAAUCGAGAGAAGACUGGAGAAAACACGAUGGUGUUCCUCGCGAUACGAACCACCGUACUCUUCUUGUUUAUUGUUGAUCUUGAUCGACGGGAUGCAGCAGUUAAUACCGUCACGUUGGCCAAGAAUGCAGGAAGAAGAUAGCUGAAUGUACGAUGAAUGGUGGUGGAAGCACGCCGGUGUGCGGAAGUGACGGAAUCACAUAUUCCAAUCAAUGUCAAGUCAUUUCUAAGCAAUGUCAAGGCGCCUCCGUCCUCAUCAAACACCCUGGACCUUGCCCAGAAACUCCGGCGUGCUUCUCAGCAAGACUGACUGCUCGAUUGGGCGUACGGCCUGUUUGCCGACGUGAUGGUACGUACGCACCGGUUCAGUGUCACGCGGAGACCGAGUAUUGUUGGUGCGUAACGCCACAAGGCCGGCCGUUGCCCGAUACAACGGUAAGAUACAAAAAACCAAGAUGUUCGAAAGCCGGUUCCAGAUCUGCUGCUUCUACUAGAAGCGGCCAGAGGCGACGCUCACCGACCAGAAAACAACGUAGACAGUACGUCAGCAAUAGGCAUCGAAAUACUUGCGAUCGUACUGAAAAGUCCAAAUUUAACGGAAACCUCAUCGAGAACUUCAAAAUUGAAUACAGGCGAACCAACAUAUCCGCUGAGGACGAUAAGAAUAUCGAACGGGUAUUGUCAUGGAAAUUCCUUAUGCUGGAUCAAAAUGCGGACGGAUACUUAGAUAAGGCAGAGUACAAGGAGCUCAGAAGACUCGCUAAGAAGGCGGUGAGACCGAAGAAGUGUGCACGCACGUUUGCCCGCACGUGCGAUCUAAAUCGGGAUUUAAAACUAUCCAAGCAGGAAUGGGGUGCUUGUCUCGUCAAUGAUUUCACUCGUAAGUUACGUACGUAAUAUAAACGCGUCUUUUUUUUUAAU